AUGGCAGGGGAUGAGAGCGUGUGGACGAUUGUGUGCUGGCUCUUAAAUGCUUCCUCCAAGCAUGACAUGUGUUUCUUUCACUUAUAUUUCAUGGGUCUAAACAGCCACAUGGCCACGUCUAACUUCAAUGGAACAGUGAAGUGCAAUUUUCCUGUGUUCCAAGAAGUGGAAGACUAUAAAUCGGCUUCCAGAACCACCUGCUCUUUGGUCCUGUCCAGUAACUAUGUGGAUGCCGAAUGUGGAGGCUACCAGGAAGUGGAAGUGGAGAAGGAGCUCUGGUCCAUGGUGGCUCAGUCUCUUUCUCUCCCUUUAGGUUUAGAGGACUUUGUAGGGGGAAUACCCUUCUGCCCUCCUUUGCUGGCGACAGCCUCUCAAAUGCAGAUGGCUGUGCUCCCUUGUCUGGGUUUUACCCUGCUUCUCUGGAGCCAGGUAUCAGGGGCCCAGGGCCAAGAAUUCCAAUUUGGGCCCUGCCAAGUGAAGGGGGUUGUUCCCCAGAAACUGUGGGAAGCCUUCUGGGCUGUGAAAGACACUACGCAAGCUCAGGAUAACAUCACGAGUGCCCGGCUGCUGCAGCAGGAGGUUCUGCAGAACGUCUCGGAUGCUGAGAGCUGUUACCUUGUCCACACCCUGCUGGAGUUCUACUUGAAAACUGUUUUCAAAAACUACCACAAUAGAACAGUUGAAGUCAGGACUCUGAAGUCAUUCUCUACUCUGGCCAACAACUUUGUUCUCAUCGUGUCACAACUGCAACCCAGUCAAGAAAAUGAGAUGUUUUCCAUCAGAGACAGUGCACACAGGCGGUUUCUGCUAUUCCGGAGAGCAUUCAAACAGUUGGACGUAGAAGCAGCUCUGACCAAAGCCCUUGGGGAAGUGGACAUUCUUCUGACCUGGAUGCAGAAAUUCUACAAGCUCUGA